AUUCACAUAAAAGAGGAGGACUCAUCCCUGGAUGCGGCGUUUUCCCUGGCUGAUGCCAAACAGACCCAAAUCCCAUUCCAUUUGGACGUUGUUAUGGCCAACCCGCCCUUCUUUUGCGAUACUUCGGAUGCGAUUGGAACGACGACUAGCCGAUCGAUCACCAGACCAGCUUCGAAGACAGUUUCUUCGGCUGCACGCCAAGAGAGUCAGACACAUGGUGGUGAAGUGUAUUACUGUAUGCGGCUUGCGCGGGACAGCGUGAAGUAUGCCACACGCGUUGGUGUAUUUACAGUCAUGCUUGGUAAGAAAAGCAGCGUGGUUCCCAUGAAACGGAUUUUGAAAAAAUUGAAAAUACCGCGGGUGUCAGUGUACGAGCUUUGUCAGGGUCGUAUAAUGCGUUGGGGACUUGCUUGGACAUUUUUGCCAAGUGUUGAAUUUCCGCAAUCCGAGUUUCGUCGCUUGCGGAAACUAGAACGUCCGCCUUUGUCACUGGUGCUACCUGCUGCAAUCAGUUGCCUGCCUAACUACACUGUGGACAGUUUGCUCGACUGGCUUCGCAAUGAAUUCAAAAACCUCAAGAUGCGUGUUUUGGAUCAGAAAAACAGAGCGGAACUUGGUGGAAUUCAUCUGUCAAUCACAGCCUUAGAAAACACAUGGACUCACGCCAGACGUAAGCGACGAGAAGCCCUACGUUUGGCAAAACAUUCUGCCACCUCAGAUGCAUCUCUAUCACAAGAAUCUCGAUCACCUACUCCGCCUUCUGUUCCUAUGUCUACAACAACCAAUGGGGUUUCCAAUCCCAACGCCGGUUCGAAGCGUACUCACACUGAGGUUGAAGAGUCGGUCAAUGGCGAACCGAAUGUGCAAAUGCCCACGGAGGCAUCUGAAGAGACUGGGCCUCAUGCAAAUGAAACAAAACGUGCGCGGCUAGUAAAUGAGGUUUGUGACGAGGCGGAUGCCUGGUAUGAAGAACUUGCGCACGUCGUGCCUCAGGCUUCUGAGGACAGUCUUCAAUUGAGACCUGAACCUAUUAUUCAAGCAGAUGUGUUUGUCGAACUGCACGCUGAUGACACGACACAUUCGGACAACUCCGAAGCGGAAGAUGAUCAAACAUUAGUUGAGUCCAGCUUGAAUGGCCCACUGGUGAUUAAAAUCGCCUGGGUUAGUGGCACGUGUCGUGAAGCGGCCAAUCAGAUUCUAUGUUAUUUGAAAAAUCGUCUUCGAUAA